AGAGGCCAAUUAAAAGGGGCACAAGGCGGGAAGAGAGCGAGAACCGUGCGCCGCCAAGAACCAACUCGCGGCGGAUCUUGGAUCCUACCUAGGCAUCGAGAGGUCCCCAACCUGGGCUAGAACAUUCCCCUGCACAGGACUGCUGCUGCAUCUCAUGUGAAAGGCAGAGGAUAAGAUGAAGACUUUUCAGUGCAACAUGCAAUACUGGUUGUUUCCAGCUUUUCUGGCAAUUGCUUAUUUUUGCACCAUUGUCCAGGGUCAAGUGGCCCCACCCACAAGGUUACGAUAUAAUGUAUUAUCUCAGGACAGUAUACAGAUUUCAUGGAAGGCUCCAAGGGGGAAAUUUGGUGGAUACAAACUUCUUGUGACUCCAGCUUCAGGUGGAAAAACCAAUCAGUUGAAUCUCCAGAACACUGCAACUAAAGCAAUUAUUCAAGGUCUUAUGCCAGACCAGAAUUACACAGUUCAAAUUAUUGCGUACAAUAAAGACAAAGAAAGCAAGCCAGCCCAAGGUCAAUUCAGAAUUAAAGAUUUGGAAAAAAGAAAGGAACCAAAACCUAGAGUCAAGGUUGUGGAUAAAGGAAAUGGGAACAAACCAUCUCCACCAGAAGAAGCCCUGCAGGCUCUCUUUCAGGUCCUUUGAAGAUCUGGUCUCUCUCCGUGGCACUGUCUGCACAAGACACUCUCCCCAUCACUACACUGCUUAAAUACCUCCUCUUCCUGCAAAGCUCAAUUUGAUCAUCACUUUCUUCAACUACUCUCUUCCUUUAUACACCCUCCUACAACAACUAGCUUUCCUUCUUAGCAUUUGCCAUAGUUAUAAUUUUACAUUUACUUAUAAUUUGAAUGUCUUUUCCACUAGACUGUAAGACCCAAGAGAACAACAAUUUGUUUCUGUUCCUCAUUGACUGCUCAGUAUCUAACACUGAGUAUCUAGUAAUUUCUGAUACAUAACAAGCAUCAAAGUAAAGACUCACUGAAUGCAAAGAUGAAUAAAUGGUCUACUAAAAAUGUAAAAUACAUGAUGAAUAAAAAUAUUG